AAUGAGAGAGCUGAAUCCUCUCCGAUCAAAGGGUAUGGCAAACAGGUGAUAUAUGUAUUACAACAAAUCAACAUAAAUUAAUAGAGAAAUAUAAAGGAAAUGCAGAGUCUUUGAGGACUGAUUCUCUGGAUUUUAUGUCUUUCCUUUCAACUUUUGUCUAUAAAUAAACACACACACAAACACCCCAACUACUACCUCCACUACCACCCCACAGCUUUAUCUAAGCUGACCUCGUGCAACCCUUUUGCAAUUUUGUAUCAAACAGUUCAGAUUUCAACCUUCAAUGGCGGAUGAGGUGGUUUUGUUGGAUUCCUGGCAAAGCCCAUUUGGGAUGAGGCUAAGGAUUGCUCUGGCUGAGAAGGGCAUCGAGUAUGAGUACAAAGAUGAGGACUUGUGGAACAAGAGCCCACUGUUGCUGCAGAUGAACCCGGUUCACAAGAAGAUCCCGGUUCUCAUUCACAAUGAAAAACCGAUCUGUGAGUCCCUAUUUGCACUUCAGUACAUUGAUGAGGUUUGGAAUGAUAGGGCUCCACUCUUGCCCUCUGACUCUUACCUCAGAGCCCAGGCCAGAUUCUGGGCUGACUUCGUCGACAAGAAGAAGAUAUUUCAGAUUGGGAAGAAGGUGUGGACAACCAAAGGAGAAAAACAGGAUGCAGCAAAAAAAAAAUUUCUCGACUGCAUAGGCGUGUUAGAAGGAGAGCUUGGAGACAAGCCUUUCUUUGGGGGGGAUACCCUCGGAUUCGUGGACGUGACCCUUAUUCCAAUCUAUAGCUGGUUUCUUGUGUGUGAGAAAUUUGGCGACUUCAGUGUUGAGGCUGAGCACCCAAAAUUUAUUGCCUGGGUUAAGAGGUGCAUGGAGAAGGAGAGCGUGUCCAAGUCGCUUCCCGAGCAGGAAAAGGUCUAUGAUUACGCCAUGCUUAUCAGGAAAAAGCUUCGAAUUGAGUAGAUAUUGGUGGAAGCCUGGCAAGAAGCUAUUGAUGAUGAUCAGUGUCAUUCCAACUUGUUAGGUCAUUUGGUUUUCCUGUGAAUCUGUUUUGGGUUGUUGAAUAAGAAUAAAAGGGCACUUGACAAAGCCUUCUAUUGUAUGAGGCACUUCAUUGUGCCUCUGGUCAUAUGUUUGUUUUGCUUUUGUAGUCAACUUAUCACACUGUUGUCAACUUGUUAUGUAAGGGAUCUAAAUCUACUUGAUCAAAUUUCUUGUUUUGUAACCACUUCAUAGUCAAUGAUGGAUUAUUGGUCGUCA